AUGAAUAGUGUUUUUGACGUGAUUUUCAGAGUGGGUAAACUCAACCUGGUGGACCUGGCUGGUAGCGAGCGUCAACGCAAGACUGGCGCAUCAGCUGAUCGUCUCCGGGAGGCGGCUAGAAUCAACCAAGCCCUAUCAUCGCUGGGGAAUGUCAUAUCCGCCCUUGCUGAGAACAGCCCGCAUGUGCCUUAUAGGGAUUCGAAGCUGACUCGAAUCCUGCAAGAUUCUCUAGGUGGGAAUAGUAAGACAAUUAUGAUAGCCAAUAUUGGUCCAGCAUCAUACAACUACGACGAGACUGUUACUACGCUAAGAUAUGCCCAUAGAGCUAAAGCAAUCAAGAACAAACCAGUCCGCAAUGAAGAUCCGAAAGAUGCGAAACUACGGGAAUAUCAGGCGGAAAUCGAAAGACUGCGGUCUCUCAUCGAACAACGAAAAGCGAUUGAUAAACGGAAAAAACCACCACGAAUUCGCACGAAGGCCACACCACAGGACUCUGAGGAAGAAACAGCCAGUCUGAAAAGCGAGCACAUUCUAGCAGAAUCAACAAUAGAACAAGAGAAGACCAAAACGGAAGAACUGGAGCAGCAAAUCCAGGCGUUAGAGGACCGAUUAGUCCAGGGUGGUGGGGGGAAAGAUCUCCUCAACAACUUGAAUGAAAGCCAAGUUAUCCUCCAACAGAGGCACAUGGAGAUAACAGAGAGGAAGAAGAGGGAGAUAGAGAUGCAGCAGAAGAUAGAUUUGGAAGAAGAGACGACGGCGAUAGUUACGAAUACGUUCACAACUCUUCAACAGGAGGUCGAUCACAAAACCCAAAGAUUAAAGCGGUGCCUCGCGAAAUACGCCUCAUUACGCGAAGAAAUGGUAGAACAAAGGGAAGCCCACGACUCCGAGAGACGCGAGCAGGAAGCUCUGCAGGCGGCGUUGAUAGCGGAGUUGCGGCGUCGGCUUUUAUUGGCCGACAGCUUCGUCCCGGACGCGGGCAGACCCACCGUCAUGAGGCUUAGAUAUAAUGAUGAUGCUGAUGGCUGGGAGCUGCCUCAGAGCGGCGCCGAGCCCCUAUCAGUCCGUCCAGUAGCGACCCCAGGUGCGAGAAGACCCCACUCAGCGACCGACACCAAUACCCCAAGACGUCGUUCUGAGAAUUUACUGGACUUACGGCCCAUACCCCUGCCAUCCACAGUGCGGAACUACCCCCCGCAGAGGCCCCAGACCACCAUCACCAAGGUGCCUUUUAAUAAGGUACCCAUGAAUAAGUCAGUGGAAGUUCCAGUUAAAAAGGAAGUGCCGGAAACACGUCGCGUCAGCGGAAAGCCUAGACCACCAUCCGCAUUACAUAGACUUGGUACCGCUGGUGUGCGGUAG